AUGCUACCACUUUCCGUUUGUUUAUUUCUUCUGUCGCUACCACAAUUGUGCGCUGAUUUGUCAGAUGCAACACUCGAAACCUUGCUACAACAUUGGCACUCCGCAACUGAACCCAGUUUUGGCCAGGGGUUGCAGCAAAGUAAAGCCGCGACCCUACCCCACAUUACUGCAAAAUAUGCCCGUUAUGGCCGCGUUCCCGGUGCGUCACAAUACGGUCAAAGUGGAGCGGUGAUGAACAGUUUACUCGGCCGAUUGUUCACCGUUCAGGUGACUGGCUUAUUCGUUUCUGUACGAACUGUCGGGGUGCGAAUUCGUUUACCCGCAGACGAUUUAGUGUUACGACACUUGUGGUCCAGUGAAGAUCAGGCUGUCCUGUCAGUGGAUCGAUCGGCAUAUAACGGUGAUUUCAACGGAUUUAUUGGUCAAUCCGGAUAUCCUCAUCAAGAGUAUCGACCCCCAGGAUGUCGGGCUCAUGUAACUUUGGCCCUGGCGCCAGAUGUUUCUCCGGUCGAAACAGGAUUGGACCUCCUUCGUAUUGUAGAUGCUGAAUUGGCUUACCAAACCGGUGAUCACAUGGCUAUCGUACCCGGUGGCUCAGUUCGUCGUGUCACUGUGCGACGUCCAGCAACUAGUCCAACCUCGCCUGUUGCACCACCCCAAUUGGGAACCACGGCUCCAGGUUAUGAGUACAUGUACGUACUCGACUUGGAUCAACCACAGCAUCACCGGGUUUUGUUUGCAGGCGUCUACUGA